GGCCACUUUGUCUCGGGUCGCUAAUUGCGGAGGGAAUCGCUGCAUUGCGCUGCGAGCUGCCAGCCCACACUGCUGCCUCGGACGAAGAGAUGGAGGUGAUGGACAGCUGCCAGUUCUCCCCAUCCGAGCUCUUCUAUGACAGCUCCUGCCUGUCGUCCCCUGAGGGCGAGUUCCCUGAGGAUUUUGAGCCCAGGGAGCUGCCUCCCUUUGGAGCCCCUGCGCCCACUGAGCCUGCCUGCCCUGAGGAAGAGGAACACGUCCGGGCCCCCAGUGGGCACCACCAGGCCGGCCACUGCCUCAUGUGGGCUUGCAAAGCCUGCAAGAGGAAAUCCACCACCAUGGACCGGCGGAAGGCAGCCACUAUGAGGGAGAGGAGGAGGCUGAAGAAAGUGAACCAAGCAUUCGAGACCUUGAAGAGGUGCACCACGGCCAACCCCAACCAGAGACUCCCCAAAGUGGAGAUCCUGAGGAACGCCAUCAGGUACAUCGAAAGCCUCCAGGAGCUCUUGAGGGAACAGGUGGAGAACUACUAUCACCUGCCGGGACAGAGCUGCUCCGAGCCCACCAGCCCCAGCUCCAGCUGCUCCGAUGUGAUGGCGGACUGCGGCAGCCCGGUCUGGCCGGCGAGAGGCAGCAGCUUCGAGGCGGGCUACUGCCCCGAGAUGCCCCACGGCUACGCGACGGAGCAGAGUGGCGCGCUGUCCAGCCUGGACUGCCUCUCCAGCAUCGUGGACCGCCUCUCUCCGGCGGAGGAGCCGGGGCUGCCCCUCCGUCACGCCGGCUCCCUCUCGCCAGGCGCCAGCAUCGACUCGGGGCCCGGGACGCCCGGCUCGCCGCCGCCCCGACGGACCUACCAGGCGCUAUGAGGGGCCGGGGCCACCGCCGGUUCCGGGGCUGACCCCGGCUGCCUCUCGUCCCGCCGCCCCGCAAAACCUCUCGGGCGGGAGGGGCGGCCCCGGCUCCGCUGCCGUCGGGGUUGGAGGCGACGCCGCCGCCCGGAGCAGCCCCCGGGGCUCGGGACGCGUGUGCUGCCCUGGAAACCCCGCUGCAAAUAAAGCGUGCUACC